AUGGCGACCAAAGAUAGUAUGCAAACAUCAGCUGGCUCAUGGGCACUUCUAGGUAGCCUAGUGUCAGAAGAUGCACAUAUCGUUUCUCUCCUAAGAAAGGCUGGCGCGGUCAUUAUCGGACACUCGAACAUGAGCGAAUGGGCCUCAGUCAGAUCUAAAAGCUAUUCUACGGGCUAUUCGCCUCGAGGUGGUCAAACGCGUAAUCCGUACGAUCUCUCAAGUAGUCCCUUUGGGUCAAGUUCGGGCUCAGCGGUUGCAGUCUCUACGAACAUUGUUCCAAUCUCGUUUGGCACAGAGACUGACACUUCCAUUAUUGGUCCUGCUUCGAUCAACGGUGUCGUUGGCAUUAAGCCGACUGUCGGCCUUACUUCAAGGCAUGGAAUUAUCCCGAUUAGCAAGAAUUUUGACACCGUCGGAACCUUCGGCAGGACGGUAGCUGACGCAGUACACGGGUUAACUGCAAUUGCUUCAAAGGACUCAAGAGAAAUUCCUUCUGAAUUUGCGGCAACAAUCGAGGAGGGUGGCUUUAGCGCUUCUCUCUCAACACAAACGGCGCUUCGAGGCGCCCAAUUUGGUUUACCACAAAAGCGAUGUUGGCAACUCGUACCACAAGGCUGCAAACACGUUGCACAAACUUUAUUCAAGGCCAUCGAAAAGGCUGGCGCUACUAUUGUGGAUGUUGAUUUUCCUUGCGCCGAGGAGAGGAUCUCCUCUGACGGCAGCUGGAAUUGGCAAGUCAUUAUACUCGAGCCUGACCAAAGUAGGGAGCACGGGGAGGAGGCGAAAUCCGAGUACACUGUCGUCAAAGCUGACGCAUACAAUGGUAUCAAUGAGUAUCUCUCUAACUUGAAAAGUAGCCAGAUCAGAUCUGUGGAAGAUAUCAUUGCAUUCAAUGAGCAAAAUACGGGCACAGGGGGUGCAUUUCCAGGUGAUCAUCCGGCUUUCCCAACAGGCCAGAUGCUAUUCUUUUUGAACGUUUCUCAGGAUAAUCUCCACGAGAUUGCCCAAACGAAAGGAUCAGAGGAUGACACAUAUCACGCUGCCCUCAAGCAUGUCCAAUCGCAAACACGUGAAAAUGGAAUUGACGCAGCUCUGAGACACAAGAACGAUGAUGGAACCGUCCUUGAACUCGACGCACUAUUGCUAUGCGAUCGCAAAGGUGCUGGGCAGCAGCUUGCUGCCCAAGCAGGUGGGUCAAGUUCCAACCUCUCAUCAACCCCUGGCUUACCGGAACGAGGUUACCCGAUCAUAUGUAUUCCCAUAGGCGUAGACACUGCCGGCCUGCCAGUCAGCCUGUCACUUCAACAUACAGCCUGGAAGGGAGCAACCCUCAUCAAAUGGGCGAGCGCGAUUGAAGAUCUAGUACAGCAUGUGUUCGGCGGGCGGCCGCAGCCUACUUACAAAAACUGCCACUCAAAGAACAUCCCAAUCAACAAACCGCCUACAGACUGA